AGUCUUCUGCAGCUCCUCAACAAGUGCUAACAUGGCCGAGGAGUUCGUGACCGUGUCUGUGCGUAGCGGAGCCCUUAAGGGCCGCCGUCGGCGCACGGAAGGCGGCCAGCCCUUCCACAGCUUCGAGGGGGUGCCCUACGCCAAGCCACCUAUCGGACCCCUGCGCUUUAAGGCUCCACAGCCGACGGAAUCUUGGACCGGCGUACGAGAUGCCACCAAAGUUGGCAAUAUGUGUCUGCACUAUGAUAGCCUUGAGAAAAAAAUUCAGGGAGACGAGGACUGCCUGUUCCUGAACAUCUACACCCCCCAAUUACCCUCUGGAAGUAACAAGACAUCUCUGCCCGUGAUGGUGUAUAUCCAUGGGGGCGGAUUUGUCAUUGGUCGUGGUGAUCUUUACGAACCGGAUCCAUUCAUGGACAAAGGGGUCGUUGUUGUCAAUUUGAAUUAUCGGUUGGGCCCCCUAGGUUUCUUGAGUCUCGGGACCCUGGACGUGCCUGGCAACGCAGGACUCAAAGACCAGACAAUGGCUCUUCGCUGGGUCCAGGAGAACAUCGCGGUCUUUGGCGGCGACCCCAACAAUGUCACCAUCUUUGGAGAGAGUGCUGGAGGCGCCUCAGUCCACUUUCACGCCUUCUGCCCUUGGGCCGUCAUCCACGACCCGAUCGCCCGCGCCAAAAGCCUGGCGCUGGCGGCGGGCUGCGAGCCGAAGACCGCGGAGGACCCCGUCGCCCUGGCGAAAUGGCUGCGCGAGGCACCCGCUUUGUCCCUCGUCACCCACAUAGGCGCCUGCUUCACGGAGGAGGAGAUCGCCAAGUCCAUGAUCCUGCCCUUCGUGCCCUGCGUGGAGCCAGACCAUCCCGGAGCCUUCCUGCCCAAGACUCCUGCAGCUCUGAUGGCAAGCGGCAACGUCCCCAAAGUGCCGGUUAUAUUUGGAAUCACCAGCCACGAGGGCAUUAUGUUUCUUCCAGGAGGAAAGCAGAUGACACAGGAGGAGUUGGAGGUCGCCGAAACAAAGGCAAUGGCGCAGUUAUCCUCGCGCCCAGAGCUUCUCCUCCCGGAGAAUUUGCCAGGUCGGAGUGAUCCCAAGAAAGAAGCGCAACUGGUGUAUUCUGACACACAGUUCGUGCUGGGUGUGUUGAGAGCAGCACGUGAUCAUGCACGCAACGGGUCACCCGUCCAUGUGUACGAGUUUGCCUACAAAGGACGUGUCAACUUCCUCAGCCUGGUUUUUCCUUGCAAAGUUCAGGGCGUAUGUCACGCAGAUGAACUCAGUUACUUGUUCAACAUACCGGACGUGCCUCGACCUGAACAAGGCAGUAAGGACGAGGUCACCAGACAGCGCCUUGUUCGCUUGUGGGCCAACUAUGCGAAAAAUGGGAACCCAAAUUCAUCACGUGAUGACUUAAUCAAAGUCGAUUGGCCGCAGUUCUCAGAAUCAGCGACCAAUUACCUGAAAAUUGGAGAAGACCUCGAAGCGAAUACUGGUCUCUUUAAGGAACGUAUGAUGUUUUGGAAAGGCAUGUACAGCAAAUGAUUUAACAAGAUUAGAAAUGCAAUGUUGUAAUUCCUAGGUUUUUUCGAAACAAGAUUGUACUUCUAUUUUAAAAUGGCAUUACUCAAUAAAAAUGCAAU